AUGAGCAGUUUGUGCUUACAACGUCUACAAGAAGAGAGAAAGAAAUGGCGUAAAGACCAUCCAUUUGGGUUUUUCGCUAAACCUACCAAAAAGGCAGAUGGGUCUAUGAACUUACAAAAAUGGGAGGCUGGCAUACCUGGGAAAGAGGGCACGCUAUGGAAAGAUGGAGUUUACCCCGUUGUAAUUGAGUAUCCAGAUGACUAUCCUUCAAAACCUCCUAAAGUGAAGUUUCCAGCAGGGUUCUACCAUCCUAAUAUUUAUCCUAGUGGUACGGUAUGCUUAAGUAUAUUGAACGAAGACCAGGACUGGAGGCCAGCGAUCACUUUAAAACAGAUCGCGCUGGGGAUUCAGGACUUACUGAACAGUCCCAACCCUGACUCCCCAGCUCAGGAGCCAGCAUGGAGAGCUUUCUCGAAGAACAGAAAAGAGUACGAAAGGAAUGUCAUAGAGCAAGCUAAAGAGUACACUAAGUAA